AUGCCCGGCGAGAUGGCGUCUGCCUGCCUUCUCUGCCGGCAAAGGGACUUGUGGAAGGCGGCCGAGGUCGGGGCUGUUCUCCUUACGGGAAGUCGCCCCUUUCAGGCAACGCGAUGUUCCUUUGACAAGAGGCCCUUUUUUGUCUCCUUCCAGGCCAGGUUCCACACCAGCCCCAUCAGGAAGUAUAGCUGGCUGUCUUUCCUGCUGGGAGACUGGGCUACCAAGCGGUUCACCAAAUACAGCAAAGUCUUUACCGUGGAUGGCAACCUGUGUGUCAACAAAGGCAAAUUUGCACAGCAGAUCGCAGAGCAGCUGGGUUUGCGAUACUUCCCGGAAGUAGAUCUUCAUUACGUGGACAAGGUCAGCGGGUAUGGGACAUGCCUGGACCCUGCAUUUAUUGGCAAUUGUAGUCUAGAGGCCUUUUAUGACAACCCUAAAAAUCCAGAUGGAAACGCUUACCGGCUUCAAGCCUAUCUGUUUACCUGCCGCGUCCUGCAGUACGCUGAUGCUCUGGAACAUCUCUUUAAUACAGGGCAAGGAGUAAUACUGGAACGCUCCCCCUUCAGUGACUUUGUCUUCUUAGAGGCGAUGUCUCAGCAAGGUUAUAUCCGCAAGGAAUGUGUCAGCCACUACAAUAAAAUCAAGGAGUACAGUAUUUAUCGCUUUUUGCCUCCUCACUUGGUCUUCUACAUUGACGUACCUGUCUCAGAAGUCCUGAAGAGGAUUGAAGAAAAGGGAGAGCCGUAUGAAAAAAAGGUAUCACCCGCUUAUCUUCAGAGCAUUGAAGAUGUCUAUAAGAAGUCCUUCUUGCCACAGAUUAGUGAAGUCUCUGAGGUCCUGCAGUACACGGCGAGCAGAGCAGAGGAUCUGGAAAUUGUCCUUGAAGAGAUUGAGCUCCUGGAGUUUAAAAAGGGGCCGUGGCCGGAUCAGACUGACGGCAGUCUUCAUGAUUUGAGGAUGUUAGUUGAAAACAAGAUGCAAGUGCUGAUCCCCACCUCCCUCCCUUUCCACAUCAAGGAGCUCACCAUGAGCGGCACACUUGCUGACCAGAUCUACUUUGCAUGGAAGUCGUUUCCUGGGCACAGGUACGCCCGCGGCUACAAUGCUGAUGCUGGAGACAAAUGGAUCUGGCUGAAAUAGCUCCCCACAUGUCGGUGCUCAGCUGAUGGCAAAAUGGGGUGAUGACGCUCCCACGAAUCCGCUAGCCCCCCUCGGGUGGGUCCUCUGAGUGCCCGUGUGUUGCAUCCAAGGUGAAUUACACGGUCGUUCGAGAUCUUUCCGAAGCACAUCCCAUUAGAGAAGAGGAAUAGAGAUGAAAAUGGGAGGUAGGGGGAUCUCAUCAUUUCUUAAUAUAGGCCAGAACAUUGAAGGUUCUUGGAGGAAAUAAAUACCUUCAUGCACGUUG